UUUGUUUCAUUGUUUAUUCUUCCAAUCAACUGAUUAAGUGUACCUACCUAUACUGAAAUAGUGUUUUGUGUGUGUGUAUAAAAAAAAUCCACCCACUUUCGAGUCAGACUUGCAGACUACAAAAAAUCGUCUUUGCCUUUGGCUAGUCUGUGGACAAGAUUUUCAGACAGCAUGAAGCUUGCCCUAUUCGUCCUAUGGGCGACAAUAUCCCUGGGUGAGGGGUACAGGAUCCUGUGUGUCUUUCCUGUUCCGUCUCCAAGCCAUAAUAUAGCUGGGAAAGGAUUUGUGGACGCUCUACUCCAAGCUGGACAUCAGGUUUGGUGGGCUACUCCGUACCCUGAGAAGGUAAAGCAUCAGACAGACAACCUGACCAUCAUCGAUGUCAGCGCCACCAAGAAGGUGUUUGAAAAUGUCAAUAUGACGAAUCCCCAGCCAGCUUAUAAACUACUCUUCAUGUCCGCUAACAUAGCUGCCACCGCGGCAGCAUCGCCAGAGUUGCAGCAAGCCAUGCUGACGGUAGAUUUCCAUGCUGUCGUUACUGAGUGGUUCGCUUCGGAUAUACCCGCUGGAUACGCCGCAGUCCAGCAAGCCCCCUGGAUAAUGCUGAGUAGCGUGGUGGCCCACUCUUGCCUGGAGAUGCUGGUGGAUGACGUCACCAGCACAGCGCUCGUGCCGACUAUGAUGACGAUAGCGCCUCUACCCAUGGGGUUCUUUCAGCGAGCAGCCAACAGUGUUGUUGUGGGGCUGAUGCAGUUUGUGACCUGGUCAAUGCGGAUCUACUCUUCAAACCAGUACACAGAUCUAUUCGGCCCCUUAGCGGCCGCGCGUGGCACAGUGCUGCCAUCUCUGUCAGAAGUUUAUAACAACAUAUCUAUCCUCUUUGUCAACUCACACCCAGUGCUAGCUCCUCCUAGGAGCUUCCCGCCGAAUGUGGUGGAUAUAGCGGGGUACCAUGUCGAAGAGAAUACCAGUCUUCCUGAGGACCUACAGAAGCUUCUAGACUCUUCGCCAGGCUUCAUCUACUUCAGCCUUGGCUCUGUAGUGAAGGUAUCCGAACUGCCACUCACCUUGAAAACAAAGUUAGCUCAGAUGUUUGGAGAACUGCCUUAUACGGUGCUGUGGAGGAGUGAUGAAGAGUUGGAGGUGCCGAGAAAUGUGCUUGUGAGGAAGUGGUUCCCGCAGGCUGGGAUAUUAGCGCACCGCAACAUAAAACUCUUCAUCACGCACGCUGGCCUGCUAUCCAUCAUCGAAGCCGUCCACCACGGGAUACCAGUACUAUCUGUACCAGUCUUCGGCGACCAGCCCAUGAACGCUGAGAGGACUGUUACAGCUGGUUUUGGACUAAAAGCGGACUUCCAUAGUGGAAUGGCGGGCGAAAUAAGAAGGGGAGUUGAGGAAAUGAUUGGAAAUGAGAGUUACUAUGAAGCAGCGAAACAGGCAUCAAAGCUGUACCGCAGACGGCCGGUGUCGCCAUCUAAGCUGAUACCUCACUACGUGGAACUAGCCAUUGAGUCUCAAGGUGCGUACCACCUACGUUCCGCAGCGCGUCUGUACCCCUGGUACGCGCGGACCCAGAUAGACCAACUUCUGUUCUGCGCUGUUCUCUUCUAUGCUCUGUAUGUGGCGGGGCGAAUCGUGGUGCACCAAUUAAAGCGGGGAAAGAGAAAAACUGAAUAAAUUAUUGUUUUUGUAUUAUCUA